AUGAAAUUCGAAGAUUGUGAUCUCUCAUCGGUCACAAUUGAAUCGACAUGGAAAGAGGCGAAGAAAACGACCCAGGAAAUGGCAAUGGGAACAGAUCAGCAAAAUCUAAAAGAAAUCGGUACGGAUCCGAUGAAAUUCCCCGAAAAGGAAACGCAAACCGAUGAGCGGACAAAGAACGAUCGAGGGGAUAUUCGGGGGAAAAUCGAGGAAAAGAUUCACACUCAUUCAAGCGGCGUUUGCCCCCAGAGUGCCGCUUUUUCAUCAACUGGCAUCUUGGCUGUUGGCAAUGCGAAUGGAGAUGUGAUCAUUGCACAAGGCGAAUCACUCUUGUCCACAAAUAAGAUUCAUUCCCUAUCAGUGAGCUAUUUAUGUUGGACAACGUCGACAACACUGAUCACAACGUCACUUGAUGGAUCAAUUACACAAUCGAAUCUUAAAGGGAAUCGUUUAGAGAUAAUAAAGACGAAAAGUCUCUCUGUAAGCGAUCUACCAUCAAAACAUCGAAAAGCAUCAUCUUCAUCAAAGGCUUUACUAGACGUGCGAUUGUUCAAUGGUGCCACCCAAUGCUCGGUGAGUCCACAGGAUGGAGCGACAAGAAUACAUUCAAUUGAUGGAACACUUUUGGAUGCUGUGCGGAUUGAGGCACAAAUGUUUGAGACAAUGAACGGCAAUCUGUUGAUUCUCUCCGAUCGGGAAACCCUCGUUUUCUAUAACGUUGACGAGAAAAAGGAGGUUUAUCGUGAGAAAUUGGCAACGCAAGCGUUGGCGGCAAAUUCGCAAGAUGAAAUAUUUCUGAUUGAUGCAAAGAAUAAUAUCUUGUGCUUUAAAGUCGCCAGAAAG